AAGCAUACUACUACCUACAACACCUCCGCUGCGGAGUAUCCGAACCAACAACUACACUGCCAUAAGAUAAGGUCGUAUUCGGCACCGGAACGCAUCCUGAACACAUCACCCCAUCGAUUUAUCAUGCCCCUACGAACGAUCCAAGGCCCCGCCAUCUUCGUCGCGCAGUACAUCUCCGACGACGCGCCCUUCAACUCCCUCGACGGGAUCUGCGGCUGGGCAGCGAGUCUCGGCUACAAGGGGAUUCAAAUCCCGCUGGACACGCGACUGAUUGACGUUGAGCGCGCGGCGCACGACACAGACUACUGCGCCUCGCUCCAGGCCGUGUUCCGGCACCACGGCGUCCAGCUGACCGAGCUGUCGUCUCAUCUGCAGGGCCAGCUGGUCGCCGUGCACCCGGCCUACGACAGCCUGUUUGACGGGUUUGCGCCGGAGCACGCGCGCGGGGACCGCGUGGCUCGACAGCGCUGGGCGACGGAGGUGCUACUGCUCGCGGCGCAGGCGUCGAAGAACCUAGGCCUGAAGGCGCAUGCGACGUUCUCGGGGGCCCUGGCUUGGCCGUAUAUCUACCCGUGGCCGCAGCGGCCGGAGGGGCUGGUUGAGGCGGCGUUCGAGGAGCUGGCGAAGCGGUGGCGGCCGAUUCUCGAUGCGUUUGAUGCGUGUGGUGUCGAUGUGGCGUUUGAGAUCCAUCCCGGGGAGGAUCUGCAUGAUGGGGUGAGUUUUGAGCGGUUUUUGGAUGCGGUGGGGGGUCAUCGUCGGGCUUGUAUUCUGUACGAUCCGAGUCAUUUUGUGCUGCAGUGUUUGGAUUACCGUGCGUUUGUGGAUAGGUAUCAUGAGAAGAUUAAGGUGUUUCAUGUUAAGGAUGCAGAGUUUGUGCCGGAUGGGCGUCAGGGCGUGUACGGGGGUUUCGGGGACUGGACGCAGCGGGCGGGGAGAUUCAGGGCACUUGGGGAUGGGCAGGUGGAUUUUAAGGGGAUAUUUACGAGGCUGACGAGGUAUGGGUAUGAAGGGUGGGCAGUGUUGGAGUCGGAGUGUGCGUUUAAGGAUAAGAUUGUUUGUGCGGAGGAGGGCGCUGGGUUUAUUAAGGAGCAUAUUAUCCCGGUUGCGGAGACGGCGUUUGAUGAUUUUGCGGCGGCGAAGGUCGAUAGGAGGGAGAUUGAUGCGUUGCUUGGGCUGGAGUAGGUGGAGAUUGUUUUGGCAUUUGAUGUCUAUCGACUAGUUUUCUCGGCUUUCUGUUCUAGGGCAUGAGGGAACUUAUCAUUCAACCCCAUUCAGUACUCACUAAGUCUCCUGCGUACCCCUGUGAUUCAAAAACUUUCCAUCAUGCGUCUCUUUCGUCGACUCAUCAAUCAAGCGC